GGCCCGGCCUGGGAGACGGCGGCGGCGCCGGAGGAGGAGGAGGGGGAAGAGCCGCUGGCGGCCGCGAGAGCACCGGCGGCGAGAGGCGAGCCCGCCGGCGCCGAUUCUCAUGGAGAACGGUUAUUGAGGAGAGAUCCAUUUGUUGGGAUGUAAUUAAAAAAAGAACGAAUCAAGAUAAAACCUCUAAAUGCAAGUACCAGAAAAAUUACAACACAUCUUGGUGAAUUUCCAAUUGUUGGUGGAAAAGAAUUUAUAAGUACAUAUGUUUAUUAAUAAACUUAGAAGAACCCAUAAUCCAUACAUAGAAAGUGAGAGCUUUCUUCUCACUACUGUGUCCUUCAUAAGCCCAGUGAUAACCACUCGUGUUAACAGGGUCGUCUUCCUUGUGGGUUGGCAGGCAGUUGUAGGACUGCAAAAUGGGUCUCCGGAUUCACUUUGUUGUUGACCCACAUGGUUGGUGCUGCAUGGGUUUGAUUGUCUUUGUCUGGUUAUACAAUAUUGUCUUAAUUCCCAAAAUUGUCCUCUUUCCUCACUAUGAAGAAGGACAUAUUCCAGGCAUAUUAAUAAUAAUAUUCUAUGGCAUUGCCAUAUUUUGUCUGGUUGCUUUAGUGAGGGCCUCAAUAACUGACCCAGGAAGACUCCCUGAGAACCCUAAGAUUCCACAUGGAGAACGGGAGUUCUGGGAAUUAUGUAACAAAUGUAAUUUGAUGAGACCAAAGCGAUCCCAUCACUGUAGCCGCUGCGGCCACUGCGUGAGGAGAAUGGAUCAUCACUGUCCGUGGAUUAACAAUUGUGUUGGCGAAGAUAAUCAUUGGCUUUUUCUGCAGUUGUGUUUCUACACAGAACUUCUUACUUCCUACGCACUGAUGUUUUCUUUCUGCCACUAUUAUUACUUUCUUCCACUAAAAAAGCGUAACUUGGACCUCUUUGUGGUUAGGCAUGAAUUGGCCAUAAUGAGACUAGCUGCCUUUAUGGGCAUUACUAUGUUAGUUGGAAUAACUGGACUUUUUUAUACUCAACUAAUUGGCAUCAUCACAGAUACAACAUCUAUUGAAAAGAUGUCAAACUGUUGUGAAGAAAUAUCGAGGCCCCGAAAGCCAUGGCAGCAGACCUUCUCAGAAGUUUUUGGCACUCGUUGGAAGAUCCUGUGGUUUAUUCCUUUCAGGCAGAGGCAACCACUGCGAGUUCCCUACCACUUUGCCAAUCACGUCUAAACAGAUGGAUGGUGGGCACAGAUGGGUCCUCCAUGCUGGAAAUGCGUUACAGGUUUUCUGAUAAUAGAACUAUGACAGUCUUCAAGUCAAUUAAAAUCCACCCACCAAUCUUAGGCGUCAUAAUGUGCCCCAGGCUUUAUUUUAAUAGUGAUCUUGAAUCCUGUUGUGGGACUAAUACAAGAUCUAUAUUUAAGUUUUAAAGCAUGUUUACUUUCAAAUUAGCUUUCCACGGGGAUUUCUUGAAAUGCUUUUGUUAUUAAACCCAAAAGGCAGUGAUUGAGAUAAAAUAAUUGUACAUAAUUUUUUUUCUUUUUUUUUUUUAGUACUGACAAUGUUGCAGAUUUUAAUUUAUGGGAAAUUUCAGAUGUUUAUUUAAAUUUUUCACUCUCAAACAGUACUAACCAAAUCUGAAUUUAAUUCUUCAGGUUUAUAAAAGUUGACACACCUUAUAGUAUAUGCAAAUUUUCUUUUUCAAAUGCAUAAUAAUUUAAAUAAUACUGCCUUUUUUAUAUGCUGCAGGAUUUUUUUUAAUGCAGCAUAGAAUUGAACAAUAAAACAACAACAGAAAAAGGGCAGUGUUUUCUUAGAAGUAGCUUUCUAAUGUUUUCUGUUUUUCUCUUCACCAGAAACAAAAUAAAAACGCCACUAAAAUAAAACACCAACUACCUACCUUAUUUUCAAGGCAAGAUUAAUUUUUUUUCCAUAUUAACUUUUCCAUUUCUUUUCCCUAUACUGAUGUAAUUGUUGGUUGUUGUUAAAAUAAUUACUCCAAGGUGAAAUUUUUGACCAAGCGGGCAUGUAUAUUCUAUUUUACCCUAAGAUUUUGAUGAGCAAAAAGGGUAGAGAAUUUGCAAUAAUUCCACAGAUACCUUUUCUAGUACGGUUAUAUUACAAUGCGUAUGUUUUUAAAGUGCUAGUAUAACUAGAUAAUAUAUAAUGUACAGUAUAAAGAGGAAUAUUGUGCUUUUGAAAAACAAAUAUAUACUUUUUACUUUUACUUACCUACUAGUAGAUCUAAAAUUACACACUCAAGGUUUGUAUGUAAUAGAUAUUGGCCAACUAAGAAUGAAAUCUUAGUUAUAGGAAGUUGCUAGUAAAAGUAAGUUAAUUUUUGUGUACCUAUAAUCACCCAAAUUGCAAUUGGCCAACUAUAAGUUUGGAUUGAGAGACCUUUUGUACUUAGUACCUAAUGUUAGGAAAUGACCUUAAAAUAAGAAAACGUAAUGAUCUACAUGAUUAGCUUCUACAAAUUUAAAUUGCUAAUGGUGAUGGUCUCUUGGAGAGCAUAGAAGAUUUGUGUGAAAAGACAUUUUAGCAUGCUUUGAGAAAAAUUCAGCUUUUACACUUUUUUCCAUUAGAAUACUGCAAAAUCCAUAUAUCCUUUUCAACAAUUAUGUCCUCACAGUCUUUCCCUUGAAGAGAAGAUUAAAGGGGUCCACUGUUCUUGGAACAUACCAGUAUUUUCCUUUUAGUUAGUUUUGAGAGGAAGGAGUCAAACCUGAGAAAUCAUGAAACAGAAGAUUUCCAUUGUCAGCCAGUGAACUCUACUGUAGUUAGUUCUUUCAGGAAUUGUAAAUAUCUUCUAAAAUAAUUGAAUAAGCUGUUCUCAGAGAUAAAUACCAUGUCUUUCAUGUUCUGACUACAGUGCUUUAUUAUUUAGAAAUUUGGAAGUGGCAGAUGAAAAUAUUUAUUGGUGCUGAUAAGAUGCAUAGUAAAUGUAAUAUGAGGAGUAUAUUUAUAGAGCUUAGUGAACCACAAAAUUAGUAUGUUUGUUUGUGUCCGGCACCUGGGUUGGGUUUUGUGCAAGCUAACAUAGUGACCACAUUUGGUCUGUUGACAGAACUGUUAAAGGGAAGUAACGUGUAGAUAUGUAGAUAUAUAUCAGUCAAAUGCCUCAUGCUGUGUACAUUUCUGUCAAAUGAGAACCUUGAGAAAAAACAAAGCCAACUGUAGACCCGCUAAAGAGCUUUAUGGACAUAUUUACGCUUCACGUAGUAGCAGUAGCUACCUUGAAAGGUAUAUACCUGGGAGAUCCUCAUUGCCGAUCUCUGUCUCAGUAAUGGGAGCCAGAGAUGGUCCUUUCCCCGCCCUGAGGGUUUUUGUUUUUCUUAGAUUUACCACUUCUGGGCACAUUUUCCUCCCUCUUUUCUCUUUAACCUCCCUGUCCUGUUCCCUCUACCUGAUUGCUCACAGUCAUUGGGGGACAAUACAAACUGAUACACUAGGCAAGGCAUAUAUUUAUUUUGUUUGAAUGGCAGAAAUGCUACGUAUCAAUCUAUAUAAGAAUCUAUAUUAAAGCCUAUCUGUAUACACUUUUGCUGUAAUUUUCAGUGUGCUCAAGUCAGCACACCUAACUGUGUUUACAAUUCUCGAGCGAUGACUUGAAAGAAGCCAACCGGCAGUUUCCUGGGACGCAUGGAGUCUAGUUGUGUUCUCUCUGCGCCCUCUUUUGGCUAACUAGUGUAAUUAUACUGGUUCUAGAGAUUUAUUGCCCCACAGUUCAUUAUUUGUAUGGCCUAAUUCUGAGCAUGCCAGAGGUGCAAACUUAGGGGAAGUGUAAGUACAAAAACGUAAGAGUUUAUGAAAACCAGUGCAUUCCCGUUUAUGAUGGCAGUGUCUGGAUCAUACAAAUAUGAUAACUACUUUGCUUCAUCUGUGUAUAUUAUUAUACUUUUUUACUAUCCAUUAGAAAUUUAUAUCAGAUCAGGGUAAACAAAUGUAAACCAUUUCAUGAAUAAUAUUUUAAACCUUAUUUCGGCAAAUUAAGUGCUUAGAAUUAGGAAAGCCAUUACCUAAAAUUACCAAUUCAUUACAAAACACAGAAACUUACUGUAGUUACGUUGGCAAGCAAGUAUCUAAUGUGUUUUAAUGAGUAUCUAAAAAAAUACAUUUAGAUUUUUUAAUCUCAGUUUCAGAAUGAUUUUUUUUACUGAUUUUAUUGUAUUAAUAGAAUAAUAGAUUAAUAAUUCUUUCUAUACUUCAUUCUUUUUAAGAGUAUAAGUUAUACUCUUAUAACUCCCAUUCAGAAUUCUAGCUAUAACUUUCGUAGUCAUCAUAUUAUGGGUUUUGGAUAACUGUGAAAAUGACUAAUGUUGAGCCUUAUUAGAAAAUAAUUACAAGCAGUGAAAUUACUGAUAUAAUCUAUUUGUUGGAUGAAGUAUUUCCUUAUAAACAUUCCAUUUUGUUUUAAGCAAAAUAUAUGUUAAAGGAUGCUUUGCAUCAGCAAUUCUUAAUUGGGCUCUGGAAAUGAAAGAUUUUUAGCCAGAUAUUCUGAGUUACAAGUUAUAUUUGUUGUUGUUCUCUUCUGUAAACAAAAAUGCUUACGGGCCCAAGAUUGUAGGCAAAAAUGGACUGAGUUCAGAAUCCCCCAGACAGCAAGCAUCAGUUUAAAGAGCUUUUGGUACUUUGUAACCAAGACUUCUAGUUUAAAAAUACAAAGUUAACUGGCGUUCCACUAUAAGAAAAAUACUAUUUUGCUUAAGAAUUGUAUUAAAAGUACUUCAUGUAAGAGGUAACCAUAUUUAAAAUUUUAGUUAAUGUUUUAACCUCUUUUAACAGAAGAAAGCAUAGUUUACUUUUAAUAGUAAUGGAAGUACGGAGCAUAAGCAGACAUAAUGCUCCAUAUGACAACUAAGUUAAAACUUCUGUCGGACUGAACAGCAGUGACUUUUUGCCAACGCUUGGAGGUAUUUUUCUCUGCUGAUGCUGGCUAAUUAUAGCUAUUCAUUGUCACACUUUUAAGUCACUUCCAUAAAAUUUGAAGGUGUGAUUCGCUCAAAAGGGUGUAUUAUUUCUGAAUGCUAAUCAGAAAGACUUAGGUUAGGAGGACACUUCCGACUGGGAAGUGUGAAGUAAUUUAGAGUAUGACCACAUGGUUUCCUAUGUAUUAGAUCACAGGGCAGUUCGUGUGUUCUCGCGUGUGUUGCUGUAAAAUCGCGGUGUGUCCGGCCCUGAUGUACAAUGGCAUUAAUGUUAACAGAGCUGCUAGUCUCUCCCUGGACUUUGCUCUAGUCUCUAACUACUUCCCUCGUGCUUCGUGUAUGAAUAGAUUGUCUAGCUCAAGUUUACUAAACGAGUGCUGCUUCGUUAAACAAAUUUUUGACAUCACCUCAAAUGUAAGUAGAUAUACCUAGAAUUUAUUUGGGAAAGCUUAUACAUACAAACACCAGAUAGUUUACUAAUAGAUACAAGGUUUAGCUUUUUUUUAACCCAACCUGUUCUUGCUUUUGAAAAUGUAUGUAUUGGCAGAUGUAGUCAUGUACAUUUAGUAUGUUCUAUUUGCUAGUGUUAUUAACCAUAUAAUUAACAGCUGAACGAGUGUAUUAUUUAAUGUCAUUUGUUACCUUCUACUCUAAGAAUCACCCUCAGAUUUUAUCUGUAAAUCAACAAUUGCACUGUGCUCUGAAUUUAGCCAUUUUCAAUUGAAUUCUAGAAUAUUCUGCAGUAGAAUGUGAGAAAGUAAUAGAAGCAACUUGUUUAAAGUAUUUUGAACCAAUGUUAUUGUUUUAUAUAUCAGUCAGUAUUUAGCAUUUCCGCUGCCUUUGGGAUAAUGAUGGUUUAAUUUCAGGAAAGUGACUGUUUUCUCCAAUGUCUCCUUUCAUCAUUAUUGUGCAGUUUUUAACAACAAAAUGUACUGCAUUUUUGUCUGUUCUUCAGAUGUUGUAAUACUUCCUGCUAGUGCUAAUUUGCAACAGAAAUAACAGUGGCAUUUAUGGUUCUUAAGGUGUUGAUAUUACCAGUAUUUUCCAUUCUCACUAUAUAUAUUUUUACUAUUAUAUGUCCUUUUCCCUCAUCCACCAUAGAGGGCAGAUACAAAUGAGCAGUGAGUAGCCAAAAUUGGAUAAAGAUAUUAGGGAAACUUUCGAAGAUGGGAAGAAGGCUAGACGGGACAUGUAUAAGCAGCAUCUCAGCAACAGGGUUGACGGGAGAUAGUCUCUGUGACAUCAGGAAAUCCCCAGCUGUAGUCAUUUUAGCCUUAUCUCUUGUUGAUAAUCAUUUUACUGUAAGAGUUGUUAACGCAUGGGAGCAUUUAGUUAGAGUUAUUUAUACUGCGGAUUCUCAUGAGUUGGCCAGAUGCCUUUGAAAAAUUAUUUUAAAUUUUAAACAUUAUAAUUAUGUAGCGUAUGCUAACCUGAUGUGUUACGAAUAAUGUGAAAGCUACGGCUAUUUAAUGGAGACUUGGGAAAUGAAUAGGUUAUUGAAAGUUUGAUUGGAAAAAUUGGGACCUUUUUUUACAAGCCACCUAUUGCAAAUAAAGGAUACAAAAUAUUAUAGUAAAUUUGCCACCAGAGGGAAAAUUAGCAAUUUGUGUAUAAAAGGUGAUUUUUCACUUUAAAAUUUGGGCUAUUUUGGUCCCUCCAAGGUCACUAUAUCUAUUGGUAUUGUGAACACCUGUAACAUGUAAUGUAGCCCUUGCCACAGUUGUUCAACACCUGGAUCUUUUUGGUAUCGAUAGCUUUAUAUAUGAGCAAAGGUAUGGACAAAACAGCAACAACAAAAGUUAUGCUUCUUUUUGUGGCUUCGCUUGCCUGUUUGACCUUGUACAGGGUUUCAUUGCAUGGGCUGUUAACUAAAGGGAAAGGUUGUCCGCAUAUCGCCAGCUCUGUGUUCUUGCCAGUGUGCACUGAGUGAUCUUUCAACCUACUGGUGCCUGAAGUUAGUGUUUUACAGCCUCAACAACUAAAACAUACUGGUGCUACUCACUUUAGCAUUGAGUGACAUUUUUAAUUCCUGUACCAAAGAAUUAUUUAUUUAGGUUUUUUGUUUGGUUUUUUUUUGGUUGACUGGGACUUUGCUUCUCUCAUCCUUCUAAAUAAUGUCCCUAAGAACAAUUUUGAUGAACACAUUUUAGUUUUUGCACACUUCUGCCUCAGUUUAAUUGGUUUUAAAUGUCUCUCAUUUGGACUUUUUUUUUUUUUUUAGGCAUAUUAGUAUGGUUUUUCAGUCUGUAUUUUAAUAUAGAUUGGCUACUUUAAAAGGUAGUUUAAUAGGUUGAGGUUACAAAAGAUAAUUGAACACUUUUCACAAGAUUGUAUUUUAUUUCUGCAGGAAUAAAUGAAAAAUAAUAAGAACUCCUUUUAUUUCUAUAAAUGAGCUAUACAUCCUAUUGAGCCCUUUUAAUGAAUGCUGAAACAAAAUGCUAAAAUGAAAAGUUGUAACGGGCUCAUUCUAAGUGAAGAAUUCUGCAUCUAUGUAUGGGUGUGGGGGGAUUGUUUUCCAAAUAAAAAUACAAUUAAAGAACACCUUAAAAAAAAAUAUAUAUAUACACACACACAUGCACGCGCACACGCACACGCCCACGCACACACGCGCUCCCCAAGAGGAAAUGCAAAUGUACCUUGAUUUAAGCAAAACGAUCAUAGAAAAUUGAACUUCACCAACACACACACCCACAAAAGGUGUCUGGAUAUUGCUACUCACUUUACCUGAAACUUAGAGUAAGAUUAGUUUCAGAACUACUUCUGCUUAGUGAUUCAUUUUGCCAAAAAAUGGGGGGAAAUGCCCUUUAGAAAUACUUGUAAUUGUCCAAACGUAGUACGGCUGUCGGGGUACACUCUGCCGGUUCCCUGUUUUUUCUUUUUCCACAAAUUUUCAAAAUACUUAUUUAGUGUCCUUAAAACUGCAACUGAAGUGGUUAAAAUUUGUGGCAAGGAGAUAACUGUUCGUGUAUUGGAAAAGUUGACAAUCACAUUUGAGAAUGUUUUACGUUAUUUUCAGUCAACCGAAAUCAAAUUUCUCCUUGAAUGUAGAUACAGUAUAUGGUUUUGCAGUGAUUUCUGAAUGGAAAAAAAGAGUCAAGUCUGAAACUUAAAUGGAAUAUGACAUAAGAUCAUUUGAAUUAUAUAUAGAAAUACGGAUGUACCUGCCAUUAGAGGUAAAAGGACAAUUUACUUGUAAUCAAAAUGGGAAGAAGCAACAUUGUGUCUCUAAUUGUCAACAAUAUAUUUCCCAGGUUCUGUUGCUGCAGUAUCGGUUCUGAGUUAAUUUGGCUUGUUUUUUAUUUAAAGUGCUGUGGGUCAAUGCAGUUGCUUGUUCAAGUUAUUGGUAGCGGAUAGUUCACCGCUAUUUGUUGUCCUCCAGAGAUGAGCAUUAAAAAGAAGUUCUUCUUUAGUGUAGGCAGAACGAAACAACUACGAUGAUCCGAUAGGAACAAAUUCCUCCACAAUCCGAGACCAGUAAGUUGCGAGUCUAACACAGGGGGUGCACGAUAGCUGUUCGGAGGCCUGAGCACAGAUAACCACGCUUGUAUGAGCCGUGUGUCCCCGAAGCAGUCCUUUUAAAACUCUGGCAAGUUGAAUGGGCAAAAUCUGUGACAUUUUGGGGCUCCUAAAAUUUUGUGUCCACCUCAAACUGUGUCUAAUGUUAUAUCCUUAAAAUAAAAGUCUUUUAAUA